AUGUCCUCGCAACGGAUCCCCACGACGGGGCCUAGCUCCCUGCGCCCCACCGGCUUUGCAGAGACCAUUCUGAUCAUCACCAUCCUGCUCGGCCUUUUUUGCAUGAUUGCAGUCGUUCCCCGCACUUGGCAGCGUAUUCGAGACCGAAGCUUUCAUGUUGACGACGGCGUUACAUGGCUUGGGCUGCAGAUCUUCAACUUGAUCCACACACUGCUACGAAUAAACAACGGGACCGGCCAUCGGAAGACCACCUGGGCUCUCUGGCUCAUCAUGAUCGUGGUCGCUGCAUCAUCAACCGCUUCAUUCCUUUAUUACGUCGUGCGCUGCGACCCUUUUAGUGGUUGUCGAGACUCCGCCUACACAAUACUCGUCAUCUAUUUUCUCUGGGUGGCCGUCUACAUCCUCGUCGACAUCGCGCUAGCCGCUGUACCUUUGUUCAUGAUCCGCGGUCUCAACAUGCAGAAGAGCCUCAAGCUGUCACUAGGGGUGAUCUUGGCCAUGGGCGGCAUCGCAUGCCUCGCUUCCAUUAUUCGCAUCCCGUCCCGGCUCGAAAACACGGGUGGUAGCGAUGAGGGAUACCGAUUCGGUUCGGUCAUCCUGUGGAGUGUGGUCGAGACCGGCCUGAGCAUCAUUGCAUGUUGCCUCCCGAUGAUGCGCAAACUCCUUAGGAGCUUCGACACAGAUGGCGCCUCAGUCGCCCAAGGCAGACCCGCGUACUACCAGCCCGGCUCCUCUGGACACUCGGGACACUCGGGACAGACCCCCAGCAACAACAAUCGGCACCUUCUACACCAAUCAAGCCUUUCCUCCGACCAAGAGAAGGGGCCCAACGCCGUGUAG